AUGGCUGUCCCUGUCCAAAUCAUUCCUAUCGCUUCAUAUUCUAUGGGAGCCGCGCCCCCAUCCUCCUCGAGCGAUACGUCAUCACAUUUCGACACCUCAGAAUCUGCCACGCAGAGCGAAGGAUUGAGCAAGGCGCUCUACAUCCCUUAUCAUACCAACAAAACUACCCAUCUGCCUCUCUAUGACAUCACGGAUCAAUACACUGCGUCAGUGGGGGAUCUCCCUAUUGGUAGCCCGAGAUACAAAGCUCAGAUCAGGUUGAUGAAAAAGCCAUCAGGGAACUCGCUCGAGGGCAACGUCAAAUAUCUGAUCGAUUUUCACUCUCUGGGACGGACUGCCACGAUUACCGAACGGACUAUUGGCCGCGAUGGGAUCGAGGUUGACCUAUCUCUUCCUUCGACUCUCGGUGAGGAAUUCCGCCUCGGUGUCGUGGCUCCGAAUCAACAAGCCAUGAACCGGGUAACAGCACAUUACGCCUCAGAGCCAGAAAAGUCCAAAAGAAAAACGGCACCACAAAAUCCAUCAUUUGCCGUUCAAGGCGGCAUAUCUAGGUCCUCAGCUCUCGAAUGGAAGCCUUUCCCAUUCGAACCUGGGUGCUUGACCUAUGGUUUAUUCGAUUCACUCUCCUCAAUGAACGUCGCUGAGGCUGAGCCCCGAGCUCUGUAUCAACACUGUCGCCAUGAAGGAGACUUUGUGGUCAGUGGCCACAGCGAGGGUAUUCUUCUUCUCGCGGGUAGUGAGCACCCUGAAGACGAGGCUUUGAUCGUGUCCAGCCUGGUUGGACUUCUGUGGGAUCUGCGGUGCGACAAGCCGGCUGCGUCAAAGGGAAGAAAAUCCAUGUUCAAAAACAUGUUCAGGACCAGUUUGUAG